AUGUCUGCCACAGCUGCUUCCACCUUCAACCCCCUGCUAAUGGCAGAAACAUGCCUCUGUUCAUUCCCUUCGAUUUUCACUUCAAAAUCCGCACUUAAACCUCUUCCUAUCCCACAGAAAUCCAUCAAACUCCAACUCUCAUACUCUCACUCUUUAUCUCCUUUCUCUCUAAAACCCAAAACCCAUUUCUCUUUGACAAUCCCUUUUGUGGCCCAGACCUCGGAUUGGGCUCAACAGGAAGGAGAAAACGACACCACCAUCACUUUAGCUGAAUCAGAACAAGGAGAAUCCAGUUGGGAAAAUCAAGAAAGUAAUGAUGUUGAAGGUACAGUAUCUGAUUGGGAGGCUGAAGGAGAGGAUGCAGCUGCUACCGAAACCGAAGCCAUUAGAGGUGAAGGAGAGAGUGGUGACGAGGAGGAAUUUGUGGAGCCACCAGAGGAAGCUAAGAUUUUUGUUGGGAACUUGCCUUAUGAUGUUGAUAGUGAGAAGUUGGCCAUGUUAUUUAAUCAAGCUGGAACUGUUGAUAUUGCUGAGGUUAUUUACAACUUGGAAACUGAUACAAGUCGUGGCUUUGGGUUUGUGACGAUGAGUACUGUUGAAGAAUCCGACAAGGCCGUGGAAAUGUUUAGCGGUUAUGAUUUAAAUGGAAGGCUCUUGACUGUAAAUAAGGCUCUUCCUAGAGGAUCAAGGGCAGAGCGCCCUCCCCGUGUGUCUCAACCUGGUUAUAGAAUCUAUGUGGGCAACCUGCCAUGGGACGUGGAUAGUGAUCGCCUGGAGCAACUUUUUAGUGAACAUGGUAAAGUAUUGAGUGCUCGGGUAGUUUCUGACAGAGAGACUGGCCGUUCACGAGGUUUUGGCUUUGUAACUAUGUCGUCGGAGAGCGAGUUGAAUGAUGCCAUUGCCGCACUUGAUGGAGAGAAUCUGGACGGGAGAGCAAUCAGAGUAAAUGUUGCCGAGGAAAGACCAAGGCGCUCCUUUUGA